GGUGUUUGUGUGAUGUUCGUUCUGAACAUCCCCAGCGAAUUGUCAUUUGACGUUUGCCUAUCGAGCAAACGAGCGCGAUAUAGCCGAAGCCGAAGGGCUCCUCUUCAGCUGAAAUAAAUCAGACCAUCAGUCUGUUCUGAAACUCCACUAGAAACAGUUGCUUUUAUUAUCACGAUCCCCAGUUUUAGCUCUCGGUGUCUAGUCAGUCGGCCCAUCAGUAGUUCUUCAAUUUGGUUAUUUAAAAGUGUCGACGAGAAAACCUGUUUUUUCGCGUGCGUGCAAAGUGUUUCCGCCACCUAAUCAAUCUAUUUCCCCGUGGGACGGUCAUCGAAGUAGCUGGUGAGCAACCACAAGAAGGACCAACUCGACGCAGAGGCAAAAAGCUUUCGCUGAGCAUUUCGACCGGCGCUUGGAAAAUUGCUUGGUUGAAUAGAAGGCUAAACCGGCGACGCUGUAAAAGCUAGAGACAAUUGAAAGAGUUCGACGGCGGUCCCAUAUUCCAGGCUAUUCGAAGGAAUUCCAGGCAACGGCUCUGGAUGGUUGGACGGUUGUCGCUUUUGGAUGCUAUUUGUCGUGGUUUGCUUGAAGUAAUCUACUGGAAAGAAACAAUAUAGGAUAGAGCAAUGAGUUCCACUGUGGCUUUUUCCAUGGAACCCUACCGACGGGGUACAUCGUUUAACGAUUGGUAUACACGCAUGACAUACUUUUUCCAAGUGAAUAAUGUUGAAGAGAAGAACAAGUUGGCAUAUUUUAUAACAAUGAGUGGCCCGGUAAUUUUUGCCGAGAUAAGACUUCUCUAUCCAGCGGGGAACUUUGAGCAAGCAUCGUUGGGAGAUAUUGUGUCAAAGCUAAAGAACCGUUUGGACAAAACAGACCCCGAUAUGGUGCAAAGGUACAAAUUUGCGACCAGAGUCCAGAAUCCGGAUGAAAGUACGGAGGACUUCAUUUUGAAUCUAAAAUUACAGGCCGAAUUUUGCGGGUUUGAAAAUUAUAAACAGGUUGCUAUCCUAGACCGCCUCGUAGCUGGCAUUAGAGAUAAAAACCUCAGGCAGCGGCUUUUAAGCGAGGAAAAAUUAACUCUUGCAAAUGCUGAAAAACUUAUCGCAACAUGGGAGGUAGCACGAGCUAAUGCCGGUACCACCGACCAACAAAAUGGGGGGCAAUCUGGUUUGGUUGCAGCUUUGUCUAACAGUCCAGCACAAAGGGUAGGAGAAACGGCGGCAAGGUUGAGCAAAGUCUAUCAGCUGGCAGGAGAAGAUAGGGUAGGAGGUACCAGCAGUAGGGGAAAUGUUAAAAGUCGCUUAGGGUUCAGACCGACGGAACGAUGGCAGCCAGCAUACCGAGGUGGACGUAGAGCUGAUGCGAGUAAUUCCCAGACACAGGAGGGACGACAAGGACAUCGACAAUGGAUACGACCCGAUUACUCCCAGAUGAUUUGCAACUUCUGCGGAGUCAAGGGCCACAUUCGGAAGAAGUGCUUUAAACUGAAAAACCUACAUCGCGACGCAGUGAAUCUAGUUGAUUCUUACAGGCCAGGGCCAUCAGCAGACAGGCACAUCUCCGAAUUGUUGGAGAGGAUGAACACCCGGAACGACGAAGAGGACGAAGAUUCUGACUCAGAUUUCCAUUGGAAGCGUGGUCGCAAUGGCUCACAGAACACAGAUAAGGAUCUGUAAGGAGGACUCCACGGGGCAAGGGCCGAACGUGUGGGUUACCCUGAGGCAACAACAUGGCAGACACCAAGAUCCACCAAGCUUGAUCAUCCCCGACGUAGAACCACCACCGAGGACCGAGGACGGACGAACACAGACUCCGAGGGGAGCUCGGAAACGGAUGCAUCCGAUACCCGUUGACGAUGUCGUGGAGCUACGUAGAUCUAAACGGUCCAAGAAAAGUAACCGUAGGGAUGAAUAUCAUUAUAACUAAUUAAAAUUAAACCUUUCGGGUGAGUUGUAGAUCAAUUAACAUUGAAUUCGAUUUGUGGUAUCAUAAAUAAUUUAUUGUACUUUCUGAAUAUUUAUAAUUUUGUAAAGGGGAAAGAAUUGUGAUGUUCGUUCUGAACAUCCCCAGCGAAUUGUCAUUUGACGUUUGCCUAUCGAGCAAACGAGCGCGAUAUAGCCGAAGCCGAAGGGCUCCUCUUCAGCUGAAAUAAAUCAGACCAUCAGUCUGUUCUGAAACUCCACUAGAAA